GCCCCGAAUAGAUGCAGUCGGCGUGGUUUUCAUUUAAAAAGUGCGCAAAUUCCGAAACAAUUCCAGCCACAAGUUCUGGCGAAGGCAGUGCGCCGCUUGACAACUCUAAAAAUGAAUCAUAAAAGACCAAGAUAGAGCGAGAACACGACCAACGACCAACAAAAAAAAAGAGAGUGCAGCCAGCACCAGCAUACAAACCAAAAACCAACCCAAAACCAAACCAAAAACGAAACGCAACAAACGAAUUUACAGUGCAAUCGAGCUAUAUUUAAAAUACAUACAACAAAUUGCUUUCUUUACUCCCCACAGUGCGCUCUCGGUAACAGCAACAACAGUGACAACGGCAGGCGGUGGCAGUGGCAGCAGCGGAAAAGCAGAAGCGCCAGCGGAAAUUUCUUUUUAUCGCUGAAAGCAACAAUUGACGGAACGCACGCACCUCUACAAGAACCUGAGCGGAAAGAGCGAGGGAGAGGCACAAACACUCACACACACACACAUCAACACCAACACGCGUACUCUCUCCACACUCUACACACAGACACACACUCGUACACGGCACAAAGGUUAUCAUCAAUAACAGAACCAACAACAAAAUUACUUUAAAUAUACACAUAUAUAUAUAUAUAACGUUCAAAAAACAAACAAAAAAACGUUCUACAAGAACAACCACAAAACUGCAACCGAAAAGCAAUCGCCGAACAACGCCUAAACUAGUGAUUUUUUUGUGAGAGAGACAGAGAGACCAAGACCAAGACCGAGAACGAGAGAGAGUGAGAAGUGAGUAAGAGAGGAGUGAGAGAGAGAGAACCGCCCCGCGUUUUAAAAUUAAACAUUUUGCAACUUCAAUAACUCCAAGAGGAAUUUGUAACUGGAAACCCACCUGAACUCGAGCAUUAGCUGCCGCCUACCUGCUUUUUGGGUCUUACACAAACUACAGCUACAGCAACAGCAACAGUGAGAAAUGCGUGAAUACAAAAUUGUGGUUCUGGGUAGCGGCGGCGUGGGCAAGUCCGCCCUCACAGUGCAGUUUGUGCAGUGCAUUUUUGUGGAGAAGUAUGACCCCACCAUUGAGGACAGCUACCGCAAGCAGGUGGAGGUGGACGGACAGCAGUGCAUGUUGGAGAUUCUCGACACGGCCGGCACGGAGCAGUUCACGGCCAUGCGGGAUCUGUAUAUGAAGAACGGACAGGGAUUCGUGCUGGUGUAUUCGAUAACGGCGCAGUCGACGUUCAAUGAUCUGCAGGACCUGCGCGAGCAGAUACUAAGGGUAAAGGAUACGGACGAUGUGCCCAUGGUGCUGGUGGGCAACAAGUGCGAUCUCGAGGAGGAGCGAGUCGUCGGCAAGGAGCUGGGCAAGAGCCUGGCCAACCAGUUCAAUUGCGCCUUCAUGGAGACCUCAGCCAAAGCCAAAGUGAAUGUGAAUGAUAUUUUCUACGAUUUGGUUAGGCAGAUCAAUAAGAAGUCACCCGAAAAGAAACAAAAGAAACCGAAAAAGUCCCUAUGUGUUCUGCUAUAAGACUUCCAAACAAAAAAACAAAACAAAACAAAAAGAGUAAGAGAAAUAAAACAAAAGAGAGUGUUGUAGAGCGAAGGGAAGAGAAGAGGAGUAGGGCAGGAGAACAAGUAUAAGAGUAAAAUUAACAAAAACAUUUUAAAUUUUUUCCGUUAUUGUUUCGUUUUCGAUCCGAAUGCAAUAUGCAGUUAUACAACAAUACAAACAAAUACAAUAUUAAAGAUUGUCAAACAAACAAAACAGUAAUUGAAAUAACCAAUCUACUAUAUUAUACAAGAGCAAAAGCAAAAGCAAAAGCAAAACAAACGUACAUAUGCCGACAAAUGUUUUAUAACUGUUUAAAGUUUUUUGUAAUUAUUACUAUUUACUACUAUUAUGAUUGUACUAUUUUGUCGCUGAUUAACCAUUAAUCAAUAUGGGGAAUUAUUUAAUAUACUUAUACACACAAACACACAUACACCCACACACACACUUAUAUAUAUAUAUUAUACAUAUUUGUCGUUCGUUUUUGAGCCGUUUUUUAAAUUAUGCAACAAAUGAAACAUUCGUAAACUAAAACAUUCGUAUUUAUUGAUUCUUUUCGAUUAUACUCUAUAUACACAAUACGUCUUAUAUACAAUACAAAAUACAAAAACAAAACAAAGAAACAACAAGUAAUAUCUAUAAAUAGAGCCGUAUACCUAAUGUCAUGUCGUUGCUCUUCUACCAAUUUGCAAAAAGAAAACAAAAC